GCCCUGUGGCUCGUCUCAGCGGAGUUUAAUAGUUUUAAAACUAAGUUGUCAAACUCAUUCCACGGAGGGCCGAGUGUCGGUGGGUUUUCGUUCUUCCCUUGUACUUGAGUGAUAAAUUAAACUCAGUAAUUUGUAAGGAAUUCCUCACACCUGGUGGUCUUAGGCUGAAAUUGAAAGGGAAAAAUCCAUGGAAUGACUUUGUCACGCCUGUUUUAGACCAUCCCAUUAAUGGUCCUUAAAGAAAAUCUCCACCCACCCGAGACAGCUGGCCAUGCAAAACGAACUGGCCCAUUGAUACUUCGCUCGACACUGAACAGAAUGACAUCUCCAUACAUUAUUUAAAAACAAAUUGUGGGCUAUAUUUGUUGAGUUUAUACUGCUUUGUGAAAGUAGGCUACUGUUUUGUCAACUUCAGCACAACGGGAACAAGAAAAAGUGCGCCUAUGCAGGCUACUUGUAAUGUAGUCUAUGAGUGACUUGUCUAGUUUACCCUUUGCAAAGCGAAUUAUUGAAUGGUUGUUUAGCGAACCGAAACUUCACAUUCUCAUCUCGGGGAAUGCCUUUACUUUAAACUACUUUAUUUGCUAACGUAGCAUCAAAUAGAGAUUGGUGUCGGUUGUAGUUUCUGAUUGGUGAACUUCGAGUGGUGGUGUAGCUGGUUUGGCUUGUGUCCCAAAACUAGAGUACUGUCAAAAGAUCUGGGAGCUGUCGCAUAGUCAAGCUGGUCAGAACUCUCACUAAAAUGUAAGAGAGGCAUACGUGUCUGUAUUGUAUUCACCGGCCCGUCUUAAUUAGUGAACUUCAACAUGAGCGGCGAAAAUGAAAAACCCUCCUUGGUUUACGGCGAAAUCAAAUACAAUCAAAAUGUGUUAGAUCUGGAAAAAAUUACAAUUAUGAAGUCUGCCGUUGACAGCGAGGACGUGCGCAUGGAGCACAAGAUACAACUCAACCAGAACGGGGACGAUACAAACCAAACCAUCAAACUAUACAAGAGGCGAUGGUUCAUAGUGUUGCUAUUCAGCUCGUAUUCUCUCUGCAACUCGUUCCAAUGGAUCCAGUACGGAAUUAUCAACAACAUUUUCAUGAGGUUCUACGAUGUAGAGUCUUUCACUAUAGAUUGGAUGUCUAUGAUAUACAUGUUGACUUACAUCCCCUUCAUAUUCCCGGUCACCUGGCUACUGGAUAAGAAGGGGCUCCGUGUCAUUGCGCUGGUGGCUACAGCCAUGAAUUGCGCGGGGACUUGGAUCAAAGUGACCAGUGUGAGACCCAACCUGUUCGCAGUCACCAUGCUCGGACAGUUCUGUUGCUCCCUUGCGCAGGUGUUUAUCCUUGGGAUGCCGUCGAAGAUCGCCUCGGUGUGGUUUGGGUCGGAGGAGGUGUCCACUGCUUGCUCCAUCGGGGUCUUCGGAAACCAGCUGGGUAUAGCCAUUGGGUUCCUAGUCCCUCCCAUCCUGGUGCCUAACGUUGAGGACAUGGAUCAGCUGGCCCAUCACAUCAGUAUCAUGUUCUACAUCACAGCAGGAGUUGCUACCGUGCUCUUCCUACUGGUCGUCAUGGUGUUCCAGGAGCGUCCGGAGCUCCCUCCCACUCAGGCUCAGGCCACAGCUCGCUGUAUCUCUCCAGAACAGUACUCCUACACCGCCUCCAUCCUCAGGCUGCUCCGAAACAAACCCUUCCUCCUCCUCAUCCUCACAUACGGACUGAACGUGGGCUGCUUUUAUGCUGUGGGCACGCUACUGAACCGCAUGAUCAUCGAGCACUACCCUGGUGAAGAGUUGAAUGCAGGGAGAAUAGGUCUCACCAUCAUUAUCGCUGGCAUGGUGGGAUCACUGAUCUGUGGCAUCUGGUUGGACAGAACCAAAACAUACAAACAGACUACCCUGACGGUCUACCUCAUGUCCUUCGUAGGGAUGUUGGUCUACGCCUUCACCCUCAGUCUGGGUCAUCUCUGGGUAGUCUUCCUCACCGCUGGAGCUCUGGGGUUCUUCAUGACAGGCUACCUGCCCCUGGGCUUUGAGUUUGGAGUGGAGCUGACCUACCCCGAGUGUGAAGGAACCUCUUCAGGCCUGCUUAACUGCUCUGCACAGGUGUUUGGUAUCAUGUUCACUAUCUGCCAGGGGAAGAUCAUAGAUAACUACGGGACGCUGGCAGGAAACAUCUUCCUUUGCGUCUUCCUCUUCAUCGGAUCGGUCCUCACAGGCUUCAUCAAGUCAGACCUGCAGAGACAGAAGGCCAACCAGUUAGCCAAGGCAGCUUAAGUCAGAAGUCGUCAAAUUUGACCACUUUGAUAGAUGUUUUGACGUCAAAUAGGACAACCUGAUCAGAUCAAGUCGCUCUCAGACAACUUAGUAACUCCAUUUUCCAUUUAUUGAGAGCAGUAACACCCCUCAAUUCAAAAUAACUUCUGAAGUUUUGGAAAUGUAUGUUUUGUUUUGGUAACACUUGACAAAACGUUAUAACGCGGUCAUAACAGCUGACCUAACUGUCGUAAUAUGGUCAUAAUGUCAUGACAUAUUUAAACCUAUUGUGACGCAGUUCAUUCCAAAAGUAUUCAGACCCCUUGACUUUUUUCCUUCCACAUUUUGUUACUUUAAAUCGUUAAUCUAAAAUUGAUGAAAUAGUUAUUUUUUUCAUCAAUCUACCCAUAAUGACAAAGCAAUAACUGGUUAGCAGAAUUUUCUUUACAAAAAUGGAAAUAUCACAUUUACAGCAGCGAUGACAGCCUCGAGUUUUCUUGGGUAUGACGCUACAAGCUUGGCACACCUGUAUUUGGGGAGUUUCUCCCAUUUCUUCUCUGCAGAUCCUCUCAAGAUCUGUCAGGUUGGAUGAGGAGCGUCGCUGCAAAGCUAUUUUCAGGUCUGUCCAGAGAUGUUGAUCGGGUUCAAGUAUGGGCUCUGGCUGGAUCACUCAAGGAUAUUCAGAGACUUGUCCCGAAGCCACUCCUGCGUUGUCUUGGCUGUAUGCUUGGCAUUGUUGUCCUGUUGGAAGGUGAACCUUUGUCCCAGUCUGAGGUCCUGAGAGCUCUGGAGCAGGUUUUCAUCAGAUAUCUCUCUACUUUGCUCUGUUCAUUUUUCAAUCGAUCCUGAGUCGUCUCCAUGGCUGCUGCCACCCAUGUUUCACUGUAGGAAUGGUGCCUGGUUUCCUCCAGAUGUGACGCGUGGCAUUCAGACCAAAUCUUGGUUUCACCAGACCAGAGAAUCUUAUUUCUCAUGGUCUGAUGAGACACAAUCUUGUCUCGGAGCUCUAAGGACAAUUCCUUCGACCUCAUGACUUGAUUUUUUGCUCUGAUAUGCACUGUCAACUGUGGGACCUUAUAUAGACAGAUGCAUGUCUGACAUCAAUGUGUGCUCAAUAAUGAUCACUUUGUGACUCAUGACUGACAUGUACGGCUUAUUCAUUUUUAUUUAACCUUUAUUUAACCAGGCAAGUCAGUUAAGAACAAAUUCUUAUUUUCAAUGACGGCCUAGGAACAGUGGGUUAACUGCCUGUUCAGGGGCAGAACGACAGAUUUGUACCUUGUCAGCUCGGGGAUUUGAACUUGCAACCUUCUGGUUACUAGUCCAACGCUCUAACCACUAGGCUACGCUGCCGCCCCAUGAUUAUGAUGGUCAUGAUGUUUGUUUACAGCGUCAUUCAUGGUGCAAGGUUUUCUUCCCGACAGCGAUGAUAACAUGAUAGUACUUCCAUUAACCCCUGAUGUGAAUUUUAAAAAACAGACUCUGUUCCAGGUGGAUGGAGAGCUCUCUGGUCAGCAGCAGGACUACGGGGCCACGGCUCUAAUCGACAAGCCAGACUGCCCUUCUGCUUCUCUUCAGGCUUGAUCACUAACCCAUAUACCCUAUAACCCCUACACUCUUAGCUCGAACAUCAGACGGGCCAAGGUAGGGGCACAGCCAACCAAUAAUCACCACACGCUUCCCUGUCAUUCUUCUCUUAGGAGUGAAUCCUAACUUUCCGCUUUUCCCAUUCGACAUCAGUGCAUGACCAAGUUUUAAGUUAGGAUUCACUCUCCUGAACACCUUUUGACCAGGAACUUCCUGGAAGCUUUGUAGUGCAAAAAAAAAAAAUCAUCUUUAAUUUUUUUUCUCCCAUUGGCUAAAAAUGGACUUUAGAUGAUCUAAGUGCUAGGAAGUUUUUUUGGGGGGGGGGAAUUAAAAACGUAACCCUCAACCCCUCAUCUCAAUCCUGCUGUUCCAUUUUCACUUCCCUCUAAAACUCUCCACGCUCCAGAUUACAUGAUUAGACACGGGUUAUUUUCACCUACAGUAUGUUGAAUAAGAUGUAUGGGAUAAUCUUUUAACCUUGUGUUGUGCCUAGUACCUGCAUAUGUGUGUAUUUAUGUAGCGUGUUAUGUUUUUUGUUAUUUUAGUUAUCUGUUGUUGCUAUGGAUACUCAAACAGUUGGUCUACUUGUAUUUCAGACUAAUACUGUUUUGCAUCAGGAUUUUUUAAAAUUCUGGUAACUUCUCAAAAUUUCCAGAAAUCCUGGUUGUAAGAUGCCUAGGAAUCAGAAGGGAAAAAGCAGAGAAUCCUCCAGCUGAUAUCUCUGGAAAACCUGGGGAUUCUGGGAAAGUUAUUAGAAUUUUGCAACCUUAAUCAGAAUAGUCUUUAGUUGGACUGUGAUUGGUGGAUUUGUUUUUGAUUGACAGGUCCCGUCAGACCCAGAGGAUGGGAACAUGUCUGCCCCUGCAGUCCUCGACGAAACCAGGUUUUAGAGACGGACGAUCUGCUGGACACACACACACACACACACACACACACACACACACACACACACACACACACACACACACACACACACACACACACACACACACACACACACACACACACACACACACACACACAGUAAA